UCCACCGUGUCGAGCUUUUGUAUUAUUUGUGGAUGGACGGUCGUUUCUAUAUUUUUAUUCUCUGUGUAUAUUCUUUUCUCCCCAACCAUGUUUCCCCUCCCCCUCUACGUCUGGCCUCUGACUUUCGUCGCCGCCAUCAUCAUCCAUUCCGAACUCACGCGUCUCCGCACCCGCAUCAAAGGCUUCUCAGGCCCGCCCGGCUACCCGAUCGUGGGCAAUAUCCCGCAGGUCUCGCGCAACGCGUCAGAGCAGUACCGCAGAUGGGCGGCCAAGUACGGGCCGAUUUACCAGAUCUCGCUCGGAUGCGUGAACGUGUUGGUUGUGAACUCGGCGGAGGCGGCGAAUAAGGUGUUUAUCAGACACUCGAACGCGACGAAUUCUAGACCUAUGUUUUAUACCUUUCACGGUGUCGUGUCGAAAACCGCCGGAUUCACGAUCGGAACCUCGCCGUACUCAGACUCGCUAAAGCGCCGCCGCAAAGCCGCCGCCUCUGCACUAAACCGCCCGGCCGUCUCUUCCUACAGCCCCCACAUCGACCGCGAGACCCGCCACUUCAUCGCCGACGCCUACAAGCUCGGUCGCGGGGGCGAGGUAGGUAUCUACCCGCUCCCGCUGAUCCAGCGGCUGUCGCUCAACCUCAGCCUGACGCUGAACUGGGGCGAGCGCAUCGAGUCGAUCGAGGACCCGCUGUUUAAAGAGAUUACGGAGGUUGAGGAGUACGUCUCAAAGUUUCGCAGUACGACGGGGAAUCUGCAGGAUUAUAUCCCGCUCUUGAGAUUUAAUCCGUUCAGCAGGUCGACCGCGCGUGCGCGGGCGAUGCGCGCCAGACGCGACGUCUACAUCAAGAAGUUUAGCGCCGAGCACGCGGACAGGCUCCGCAACGACUCACUAGACACGUCGUGCAUCCAGUCCAAGAUCUCGACCGACACGGAGGCCAAACUGACCGAGCAAGAGCUGCUCUCGCUCUCGCUCACCAUGGUCGCCGGCGGCCUUGACACCAUCACGACGCUGGUGUCGUGGGCGCUGCCGCUGCUUGCUUUGAGACAGGACAUCCAGGCUAAAGCAUAUGCCGAGAUCCGCAAGAUGUAUCCCCGGCCGAACCAGAUUCUAUGCUCGAGCAUGGACGAUCAAAAGUGCUUGUAUGUGGUUGCGCUCGUGCGCGAGCUGCUGAGGAUGUAUACCCCGCUACGGCUAGCGCUGCCUCGCGAGACGACGGCCGAGUUUGUCGUCGACGGCAAGGUCAUUCCACCGCAGACAGUCAUCUUUCUUAACGCCUGGGCGUGCAACAUGGACCCAAAGCUGUGGAAAGACCCGUUCAUGUUUCGACCUGAGCGGUUCCUGGACAAAGACGGAGCCAGUCUGCCGAUCUACACCUACGGCCAAGGCUCGCGCAUGUGUCCCGGCUACAUACUCGGCAACCGCGAGCUGUACCUGCUGUUUAUGAGACUUCUUUCUGCGUUUCAAAUCUGCGCGGAUGAAGACGAGCAGGUCGAUUGCGAUCCGUUGACAGGGCUCGAUGAUCCUGCGAGCUUGGUCUCGUGUCCGAAGCCGUAUAAGAUCAGGUUUGUUGCGCGGGAUGCAAAGGCAUUGGAGACGGCGCUCGGGUGAUCUCUCAUCUGUUUAUCUGUCUCUCUGAGUUACUGUGGACUGUUCGAUUUGGAGUCUCUGGGCGACUGAGUGAGUAUCUCGUCGUUUGCAUAAGUGUCAGUAGGCAUGUGCUUGAGACUCUGUGAUGUCUCUGUUUAUUGGCCAUUCAGUAGGGAGUGGCCAAUUCUGUGAUUUUUACUAUGGGACU